CGGAAAAGCAUAAGAUUGAUUGGACACCUCGCGAUACACGUAUCGCGGCAUGUGCGCAUCAGAACCGUUAUAUAUUACAAAGAGUACAAAAAUGCGCCGAUCGUAGCGCGUAUUGGCACGGAACGGAACAGCUGAUUUUCGUUAGCCCGGCAGAGAUUGAAGUAUAUGCAUUGUUGCAACAUUCAGUCGUGUCGGAGCGCAAGUGAAUAUCGUAUUGUUGUGGUACUAUAGCGCUCGCUAGUAAUUCGUGCGUAUAAAAAAAUACAAGUGAAUCCGGCUAUAUUCCGACUGUAGACCGUAUUCGGCUGCUCGAAUCAUCGAAUUGAUAUUGCGCGAUAUUUACGCGGAGUAAAUAGUAUCCAAGAAUUAUGGCCAGUCCGAUCGUUAAUACUGCCAACGGAUAUAACUUUAAAGUAGUUUUACUCGGCGAAGGAUGCGUCGGCAAAACCUCGGUCGCCCUGCGAUACGUCGAAGACAAGUUCAAUGAUAAGCACAUCACUACUCUACAGGCAUCCUUUUUGAAUAAAAAAUUGAAUAUCAAUGGAAAAAGAGUAAAUUUGGCGAUAUGGGAUACAGCUGGACAAGAAAAGUUUCAUGCGUUAGGACCAAUUUAUUACAGAAUGUCCAAUGGUGCCAUUCUAGUUUAUGAUAUUACGGAUGAAGACACCUUUCAAAAAGUGAAGAACUGGGUGAAGGAGCUCAAGAAGAUGUUGGGUAGUGAGAUUUGCUUAGUAAUAGCGGGCAAUAAAGUGGAUCUGGAGAAAGACAGAAAUGUUGCCAUAGAGGAAGCCGAAGAAUACGCCAAACAGGUGGGCGCUAUGCACUUUCACACAUCCGCCAAAUUGAAUCGGAACAUUGAGGAGAUGUUCUUGGAUUUGACGCGACGCAUGAUGCAACGUGCGGACGAGGCUGAGCAGAAGUCCACCCUCACGAGGACCAACAGCACACGUCGCAACGUCGUGAUGGUUGAAGACGAGGCGGAACAAACUCAACCAAGCAGAGGUUUUUGCUGCAGUGGUGGUGGUGGUGGCGGUGGUAGCAGUGGCGGUGGCGACUUUUCGUAGACCUUUUGAAAUCCAUUUGUGUCCAUUGUCAGAUAAGGUCUAAUUUCGAUAAGCCACGAGUUAUGUACGGUAUGAAGCACCUCAAGCGUGACAAAUUGAUAUCUUCAACAAUACUUCCCGAGAUAUUGAUUUAUCACACAACUAACUGUGUAUGUGUGCGUGUAUGUGUGAGUAUUUGCAUUGCGUAUGUAUAAAAUGCAUGUAUAUGCCUCUAUAUAUAUAUACUUUGCUAUUCGAAAAUUGCGGCAGGUUAACUAAAGAUUAGCUUGAUAAAGACUAUGUGACGCGGUUCUGUGAGACUGUAAAUGAGAUGUGGGCAUUUUCAAGACUAGAAAAAUUUUGUUUGGCUUUUAUCCAAAAUAAGAUAGUUUAAGGUAAUGUACAUAUUAAGUGCCUAUAAUUUUAUUGUACAAUACAUUGAUUUGGACUGGCUAUUAAAUAAUUCGCAAUAUGUUUAUUCAUCUAAAAUUAUACCUAGCGAUACAAGAGUUGUUAUGUAAAGUUUAAAUUAUUGUUAUUGUAAGUUAUUUUACGAACAUAAAAUGAUAAAUUGUCAUAAUGUUAUGGAAAAACAUUAUUACUUAGCAUUUAUGUCUCAGUCCCAUUAUGUUCCGAAAAUAUACAACUUUGGGUUACGCUUGUGAAUUGUAAUAAAAAUUCAUAACUCAUAAAAAUGAAAAUGAAGACCUACAAAUUAACAUA